AUGGAACACGAAGUGCUGUACGUCAGCUAUAAACUACCUUCACGACUGGUACUGCAGGUAAUAAAAUCUACCUGCUCCGUAUACACGGCACGAACACUGAGAUGGUUUGGUAAUUUAGGAAGUGUAAAGCACAAAUCAGGAAUUUUUGGCAACAACUCGUAUUGGCACCUUCAACAUGCGCUUGUGUUGGUGUUGCCGCAGAAGGGUGUUUUACUUAACGUUGGCAUUGAGAGACGUAAUUUUAGCGUUAUAAAGGUAAAAUGUGAGGUAACCUGCAAACAGCUGCAGCAGAAGUAUGCAGUGUUGAAAGCAUAGCACGUUGAAAUUACUCUUGAAUGCUGAAGAAAUGUGGGAGAUAAACCGCAGCAGUAUUAUG